GACAAGGCCUUGUGUCGAUCAACACUUACUCUUGCACCUUAUCCUACACAAUCCACCAGCCGCUCGCACAACGAAAGCGACACAUUCCUUGUAUUUCGACGAAAACAACAGCUUUAAACCACCUUUUCUGCUAGAAACUUCCACGACCUCCGAUUUCGAACCCUCGUUUCGCCUCGUAACAGCAUGGAAGACCCCUCAGGCUCAGGUGGCUGGCGUUUUGCCCAAUGUUUUGGUGAUAAGGGAGAAGUAGAAGACAUCACGGAAGCGGAUAUCAUAUCCACCGUGGAAUUCGAUUCUACUGGAAACUAUCUAGCGACAGGAGAUAAGGGUGGUCGCGUUGUACUCUUCGAGAGAAAUGAAGCGAAAAAGGGUUGUGAAUACAAAUUCUACACCGAAUUUCAAUCACACGAACCAGAAUUUGACUACCUUAAGUCGUUGGAGAUUGAGGAGAAGAUCAACAAGAUUAGAUGGUGCAAACGUCAAAAUUCUGCACAUUUUCUCCUCUCGACAAACGAUAAAACAAUCAAGCUUUGGAAGGUGUUUGAGAAGUCGCUUCGGGUAGUAUCCGAGUCCAAUCUCCACGACGGGCAGCGCCAACUUCCACCUCCCACAACGCGAGGACACCUACGGUUACCACGUAUGGCAUUGCAGGACAACAUCAUUGCCGCUGUACCCCGGAAAAUAUACGCGAACGCCCAUGCCUACCACAUACACUCGAUUUCAGUGAACUCGGACCAAGAAACCUAUGUAUCCGCAGACGACCUUAGAAUCAACCUUUGGAAUUUAAAUAUCAGCGACCAGAGCUUCAGUAUGUCUUUUUACUUAACGAUUCUAGGAAUUGAAUACAUAAAAAUUCCAGACAUCGUGGACAUCAAACCUGUCAACAUGGAGGAAUUGACGGAGGUUAUAACUGCAACCGAAUUUCACCCGAUACAUUGCAAUCUUUUCAUGUAUUCGAGCUCGAAAAGCAACAUUAAACUCGCCGACAUGCGUGACUCAGCGCUGUGCGACCGACAUGCUAAAUGCUUUGAGGAAGAGGAGGACCCCACAACACGCUCUUUCUUCUCCGAGAUCAUCUCGUCCAUCUCAGAUGUCAAAUUCAGCCAUGACGGCCGUUACAUCCUGUCUCGGGACUACCUCUCCCUGAAGAUUUGGGACAUCAAUAUGGAGUCGCGACCGGUGAAGACCAUUCCUAUACAUGACCAUCUACGCGGGAAGCUCUGUGAUCUGUAUGAAAAUGAUUGCAUUUUCGAUAAGUUCGAGUGUGUAUGGGGUGGGGAUGACAAACAUGUCCUUACGGGGUCGUACCACAACUAUUUCCGGAUAUAUGACGUGGACACUCUCAACGAUGUCGUUCUCCAGGCCGAUAAAUCCGCGUUCAAGAUAAAGAAGAUCGGGAACACUGGACCACAGAAAUUAGGGGCGAAGAAUGGCGCUCGGCCGAAUGGGUUGAGAGACAUGAUGUCGCUAGAUACCCUAGAUUUCAACAAGAAGAUCCUUCACGCCAGUUGGCAUCCAAAAGAGAAUACGAUUGCGAUCGCCGCUACGAAUAAUUUGUUCCUUUACAGCGCCGCAUAAAUCUGAGGUUUGGAUUGGCAUUUGAGCUCGUUCUCUCCCUCCGCUGUCUUCCUUACACUCCCUCCGUACCCCUUCAUUAACGCCUUGAUAAGAGACCCGCUGGCGGGGUAGACGGAUUCAGACGACACAAUGCAUGAACAAUAUACGAUUCGAAUCACCAUGUUUCGCACAUCUUCAUGCCCUACACGCUUCUGCAUGACCUACAUCUUAAGUGACAUUUCUAAUAUCCUCCCUAAUCGUUCCUUUCUCUAUCAUCAUUCACUUUCGUUUUACCUCGCAUUCUUACUUAUUUUAUCCCUCCCGUUCCAAUCUUUCCCCAUCAUCCCUUUCGUCCGUCGAUUUCUUCUACAUGCGCUGCUGUUGUUCGUGUCUGUUAUGUCGUCUCUGCAUUUGCCCUUCAGCGCUCUCUUUUCGGUUGUGCUCUUCACCCUCCCACUCUUAAUUGUUUGGUCUCCACGGUUGCGAAAGAGGACUUGAUGUAGAUUUGAGUUUAUCAAAAAUAAAUAUUCCAAUUGUAUCAUAUUCAAUACCUUUCGACAGGGCUUUAACAACUCCUUCACUG